GCUUUAAGUGUCGCCGCGGCGUCUGCCAUUUGUGGCCUCCCUGCCUCCUCCGCCUUGAGUAAUCUAUUCUUAGCAGCAUUUCGCUUCAAAAGACUCCUGUUUGACUCUUGUGUGCCGACAGCAAAAGCUACCGAACAACCCCAGGCAGUCGAAAAAGUCGGUUCGCCUUCGUUGUCCGGGAGUGGGUGCAUGUGUCUGCAUUUGAAAAAAUCGAUGCCAGACUGUAGAAACUUCAUUCAGAAACGAAAUGAGUGAGAAGAAGAAAGCCGACAGCAGUAAAUUUUACAGCUAGAAAAGUGGCCCGCGCUCAUACUGUAACGGUCACUGUAAGUCAUACACGUUGACUGAUAACAGCGGAAAUAAAUUUUUCCCAUUAUACACUAGUGUCGGAAAUUUGUAUUAAAGCGCAUUUUGUACACGUCGAGUCAAAUUUUUGAGACAAACUCGGUUGCAAAUGGUUUUUAAUUGAUCAAAGGAAAAAACGUGUUUUUACGUGCACAUCGUAAGAUGACGACUUUAAUAACCUGAAAUUAAAACAGCAAGGAAGGCAGAGCAAAACCUCCAAUCACUUUCACUCAUUGCAUAGAUGAACAUUGAAGCUGCCCCCAACAAAGUAACGCCAGCAGCGUCGCUGACUGGGACAUUUUAGUCAUCGAGAUAUCCAACAUCGACAAAGAAGCCACUGUCGCCGAGGUCUAUCAUCGAUGGUUCAAUGAGCAUCCCAUAAUGGCAGCGGCACAUGAAUCAUCUAAAGCACCCGAUUUGACCAACGUCAAGACCGAGCGGACGUUUCAUAUGGAGGCAGGGCAAUCCUAUGACACAAUGGCAGAAUCUCAUAGCACAUUUCAUUCCUUGGAAACCGAGACAGAUCCAGAGGUAGCCCCAGAUUUAGACGCUGCUGAUGUUGAAGCUGAUCAAAAAGGACAAAACAAUAAUCAACUGCAGUCGUUGGAACCAAUUUCCUUGGAUGACAUUCCUGAGCCAAUAAAAGUCCUCGAUGAGAUUAUUUCAGAAUUUGAGGAGGCAGCAACGAAACCAGUGGCCUUGAACUGCAACAGUGGCGAGAAUCAGUCCGAGGACGAUGGCUACAUGAGCCUAAGUCGCAAAAACAUGUCCAAAAAAGAUUCAGAAGAUGUACCCCAAACACCCAGCACAGACACUGUGCCCGAGGGAAGCUUCAACGAAGUGGAUGGCACUGCUGAGAAUUUAACUAAAUUAUCUGACGUUGUACACGGACAGGAAACUUCAUCGCCUCUUAUUCAGACAACGCUGCCAAAGGCUCGGGGUUCUAGCUCGACUCCUGCCGUAAGCUCUAAUUACUCCAGCUUACCGUGCUGUGGUGCCAGAGCUUCGAAUUUGGGUGGAGCUUCCGCUGCUAAUUCCUCAAGUGGAUUGUCAGCCCUCCGGCACCCGGGCAGCUGCAACGGUGGUCGCAACGCCCUGGGCAUCGACAUUAGCGCUGUGCAUAAUGCUGUCCUCCGUGGUAAUUUGGCGAAGCUGCCGGAGCCAUUCGUCAACGAACAUCCGGUGACGAUCUACCCAGGUCCGUCUUCUAAGGCUGCCGUGGGGGAAGGGGCUCGCGGCAAGCGGCUACUCAGCUCUGUCGAAAAGCACAAGGAAGUGUGCCACAUGCUGAAUCCACUAUCCAGCAGCUCAAACUCUUCGUCCGGGGAGGCUUCGCCUGAUGCGUCUCACGUCAAUGUGGCGACAUCAAAGGCGACUGCCAAGGAUGAGGACUAUUCGGAAGAUUCGCUGGAGGAGUCCACCAUCUCCACUGACCUCACACCCGUGAAACAGAACGGAGUCGCCUGGGAGAUUCAUUUUAGCAACAAGAAGAAGUCCAGCGGCUUUAAAAGUACUACUGCUUCUAAAACGAAAACCAACAAUUUAGAGGACAGUAGCGGUUUCAUUUGCAACGAUAGAAGUAUGCCUGGCAAUGGAACUUUUAUUAUCCGUCGCUCCACAGCCAAAAAACCGCCUCGUGCCACAGAUGUAUUUUGUAUACCAAAGCCGCCACGUUCCUCGUUGGCCGAGAGAGUCGAACCCGAACCCAAAGCUGGAGCCGGGGCGAUCAGUAAUGAGUUCUAUACAAGCGAUAGCGAGCAAAGCGAUACUACUCCGCUACCCUUACCGCUGCCACCAACUUCAUCUGAGAUAAACUUCGUCUACAAGGAGUGUGAGGCUAAUGCGGGGCAUACACGUCGCGGACUGGAGAUGGCCGCAGCACACCGGGCAGUCUUAUCUCUUGAUAUCGAGGCACCAGAACAACUCGGCUAUUGCAAGCCAGUGAAGAGCAAGACGGCUAUGCUAACAGAAAAGCGCCUAAGUGCCGAGUCCAUGCCGGACAACACAUCCAGCAGCGAAGAGUUUGAUGAGGCGCGUCUCAGCAGAACCGGCAGCUACGAGUUGUAUGGAUACAACGGUAACGAUCAGCGAGCUUCCAACGCCACUACUCCGCAUACAGACUUGGCUCCAACAUUGGAGGAGGACGAAGAACUUUCCGAUUUUAGCUAUGGGUGUGCUCCACUGAUACAAAUAGAGCAUAACAUCAGUGCUUUGUUGCGUGGAGACAUUCCAAUUGUUGGUCAACCGGCUGAAAGCAAUGGUGGUGGACUCACUGGUGCCCCAACGACAGCUGCCGAGCUGCAUGCAAAGCGGGUACUGGAAUUUCGACAUGGCGUUCACAAGUCUGAAAGCGCCAAGGAGAUGCUGCUGUCACAGAUGCCCAAUUUGGGCCCACUGCCACCAUCGCCACCGAGUUCUAACCCGGAAUUAUUUGACUACGAUGCCCCACUUCCACCGUCGCCGGUGGAGCCGCGAAAGCAGCUAGAGCUUCCGGCAGUGGCGAAUGCCCCUGCCGCGAAUCGGGGUACUACCAUAGUGGAGGUGCAUGCCACCGCCUCCGGUACAGCGGUGCACAGUAGCAACAGUCACACUCGCCGUAGUCGAGACAAUAUCGCCUCUGUGCGUCACUUUACUGACGAGCUACCACCGCCACCAGCGCCUGCCCACCAAUCGGCCAGCUUCUUAGAGGGCCACGCCGGACCACCCACGGUCCCCCCACAUCGAGCCACUGGAGGUCAUUCGGCCAACACAAUGAAAUCCUGGAGUAUUGACUCGCAAUACCGCAAGAAAUCUCCAAAGCUAUUUGGCCACUAUAGCAGCGGUGGCAGUGGGAUAACCACACCCACUGGUCUGGGACCGAUGCCUCCACUGCCCCCACCGCAUUUCGACGGAAUAGCAGGUGGAUCUGGUUCUUACCAUCGUCGUUAUAUUAACUAUGGCACCAAGCGCAGCUUAAAGCAGUCGCCGCGCGAAGAGCAUCGCCUGCAAACCUCAUGUAGUCUUCCUGAAACUCCAAUUUUUGCCAGAGGCUGUGACAUACCACGUACCCCAUAUCGACGCCAAAAUGAGCCCCUGCCUGUGGUCAGUGGUUCCCGCACAGCGCCCAGAUCGAGCACAUCGAACAGCAUCAACAUGGGCGCUUCAAUUUUGGGGAUAGGAGGAGGUAACUAUGGUACAGCCCAAAUUUGCCGCCAGCGCUCAAUAAAUCAUGCUUUGGCUUCCAAUGAAAUGCUGCGUAUGACUGGCGCCCCGGCUCGAGGAUGGUAUCCCAAGCAACGGGGAAUGCGUCCAGUCUCCACCGAGAACAUAGAUCGAUUGGCUUCCAUGCGGGUAUGGGACAAUCCGACGGGCAUGUCGGGCACCGGACAAUCUCGUAAGCCAUUAACGCUGCCACCAAAUCUUACACCUUCCUUUUUGAAUAAAUCACCCCGCGAGGCUCUGCGGCGAGUGACCAGUUUACUGAUAACCAAAAAAAAAAACAGCAAAGAUCGAAAACAGAAGGCAUACUGCGAUCAACUUAUGGAUGAUAGCAACAGCAAGCAUGUCUAUGAAUUUGAAACGGGAUCCACCACACGAAGGGAUACAAAUCGCAAGGACAAUGGAGCCUCGGGGGCGAUCACCAAUAACAAACCCAAAAAAAGGGGGCUAUUUAAAUCUCUUUGGAAACGAUCCAAAACUGCCUCUUUAGAUCAGUAGAGAAGUCCCCUCUUGGAAGUUUAACCACUGCCCCUUUUUUAUAUACACCAUAUGUGUAUAGUAGCAUCGAAAAUUAUAAUAACUCUUCUCGGGUCGAAAGAUGCCAGUACAUCUGCACUCACCUACCCACUCACCUUAUCAUUCAUCGAUCAGCAAAACGCGUGGGUUCCAUCACCUUGAAAACAUACACAAAGUAUCGUAAUUGGUCAUAUUGUAAUGAAACAAAAAUUCAAAUGCACAAAAGCCGUGAAUCGUAAAGACUGACAAGGAAAAAAGCGUUAAGAAAGAUAAAUUAAAUUAAAAAAAAUGUGAAAGUAAAUAAUAUGAAUAUACAAAAUACAAACAAUAUUUCACUCUUACAAGUUACAAAGAAAAUACAGUGUAAAAUUAUUAUGCGAUCAACACCGAACUUUUAAAAUGCUAUUAAAGCAAUGUUUGUAGUUAUAUGGCCAAUGAUCGAAUAUCCAAAAUCUAACCAAAUACACAAUGCAUUGCCGCAACAAGAAAUUUAAAAGCACUGAAUUAAUUUAAUCCUAUAUAUAUGUGUGAGCGAUAUAUACUUAUGUGUAUAUAUAGGGACA